CCGGCCUGGCCCGGCCCUCCCGGCGCCCGCCCAUCCCUUUCUCUUUCGCUUCCCCGCUCCGGCAGCCGCGGUGGCCGGGGACAGCCGCCUCCCCGGGCCGUCGGCGGCCGGCACAGCGACGGCCAUGGACACGGGACGAGCAGCUAAAUCAGCAAGGACAGUUGUCAUCUCUGGUGUUCCAGAUGGCAUUCUGAAGGAUGAUGUCAUGAGUGACAUACUGGUGAUUCAUUUCCAAAAGUCAAAGAAUAAUGGUGGAGAUGUGGAAGACAUAAUAUAUCCAACAAUGGAAAAAGGAGUUGCAUAUGUAACUUUUGAAGAUCAAGAAGUUGUAGAGAGUGUUCUAAAGAAGAAUGAGCAUCGACUAGAAGACAAGAGACUGUCCAGAUACUAUCCUUUGAAAGUAACUCCUUACUGCAAAAACGUCUUCAGCUCUGUCACGUCUGUCCUCAAUAUGUCUGUUUUCAAAGAUCAAUAUGUUUUAGAAGAUCUGAUACAAGAAAUUAAAAAGAAGAACACAGCUUUGAGCUUUGGCCCUCUGCAGUCCAGUGGACAUAUUUCUGUUCAAGGGUCAUUUCCAGCAAUCGAAUUGCUAAGAGACUUCCUUUUACUAAAAGCAAAAUCCCUUUCAGAGGACAAAAAUGAAGAAAGUAAGUCCCAUCAGAGACCGAAGAAGCAGCAGCAGCAGUGCAGACUUACCACAGAUACAAAUAAUUUUGUUCAUGAUGCAGAGGGGGAAAAGCAAGUGGUUGUUCUUGACACAGAUACAUAUCUCUAUAUGAAGAACUUUCUUCCCAAGAAACUCCUAGCAAAUACUGAUGUUGCAAUUUCUGACGUCACUGAUGGUGAUAUAACUACACUAUAUCUUCAGAAAGUUAGAAGUAGGCCUGAUGCUGGACAGGUAUUAGCAUUCAAAGAGGAAAUUGAACAUCAGUCUCUAAAACUUCAUAACACUUUAUGUAAAGAAAGGAUAUACCUUGAUGGGUACAUCAGAGAUGAAAAGCAGAAAUAUAAAUUGGUGUGUGAAACUCUAAAAUCCCACUACCCUUCUGUUUUGGUUAUUCCUUAUGCUACUCACAUUGAUGUGAUAGGAAAUUCUUCAGAGGUUUUUGAAUUUACAAGGGAAGUGAACAAAGAGGUUCAGAGCCUGUUUCAACACAGGUAGAAAGACAGCAUUCAUGUUAUUUGACACAUUGUGCUUCUAAAAAACUACUGUUGCAGCCUAUGCACCUCAGUGUCACUUCAGAUUUGUCUCAUUUCUCCCAUGCACAGCCUGGGACGUCUGCAUACCAAGGUGAAAAAGCCCAUUCCUCCCAAAUACUAAAUUAAGUUCAGAACAGGAAACAAAUGGUCUUCAUAUCAGUGAGGCCUCUUCUGUCCAGAUUUUUCCUUUCGUUUCCUGCAUUCUGGGCACAUGUAAUGCUCAUUCUGUCUUGCUGUCAGGGAGUAUGUGAUGAGAAAAGAAUUUUUGAGGAUUUCUCAUUCGCAUAGGAAGAGAGAUAACAAAGCUGGGUGGACCAGCUGGUAUGAAAGCUGGUAUGAAAGACUGCACUGAAGUUUAGGUAUGUUUCUCUGGGCAAAGGGAUGACCACUGAAAACAGGAGUGGUGGGCCUGCUGCUGUUGCCUUUAUCUGCAGAAGAAAAUUCUCAUGAUUGACAUGCAUGAAGAAGGUAAAGCUUUGAUACUUGAGGAGAUGGAAUGCUCAAUAAAUUUGCAGCUUGUCAUGCCAUGAAAAGGACCUUAGAAGUUGGCACUAGAAGUUUUUGAGAGAAGAAAAUAAGUGAGUUUGUAUUCAUAGGAGCAAUAACAGUUCUUUUCCCAGCUGUAACAGCUUCUGCAGCAUCCCUUGACAGCAUCUUAUUUAGACAUGAAAGUAUAUCCAUAAUUUCGAUGUGAAAAUCUUGGGGCUAUUAGACUUUUGAAUGAAAUUGUGUUUAUACAAUUCUUAGGUCUGAUGCAGGAGUAGAAUAGUCUUUCAGAUCCAGAUCAUCUUCUGUUGUAGGUAAACCAAAUGAGCAGUCUUUUUUUCUGUGCAAAACUGAUCAGUCAACAUCGAAACUAGUUUCUGUAAUUGAGAUCAGAAACACCCUUAUGCCUUGUUAAUACUUCCCAUUUUUGUUUUCCAGACCAGUGUCAGAGGUUUAGGCAGUGGGGUUUCUGCCACAUUGAGUAAGGAUGGGACAAUCUAAUAUAGCCUAAAUUUCAAGUUUUGUUAGGAACUGUACAGAUGCACAGAGAUAAUCAUAUUUUGAUAGGUCUGGAUAUGUAAACAGUUAAAAAAACACCCUUAUGUAUAUUGUUUAGACUUUAAAGAGCUAUCGGAAUGAUACUUGUUUAUUCCUGUCUUGUCUGUAACUUUCAUUUCUAGUGUUAAAUGCUUAGAGUUAAAACUGAAUGAUUACUACAGAAUUCUCUCAUUCACUGAAAUUAGGGAUCAAGCCAGUCCAUAGGAAUGUGACAGUUUAGUGGUUUGGUUUUUUUUUGUUAAACUUUUUAAAUAUCAGACCCGUUAUAUGGGUUAAAAUGCCCAUCCUCAUUUUUUCUUUUUGUAAAACCAAUUUAGAAAAAAUGUUUAUUUUGUGAAAUCAGAAUGUUCAGAAAUACUUUGUCAAAACAUAUAGAGCGUUGGCUGUUUUGUCUUAAGUGCAGAGUUUUAUGAAAUUAAAUUACGAACUCAGUAAAGAAACAAGUUAUUCAAAAUAUUGUGUCCAUGUUCUUUAAACCAACCCCCAGAUGUUUAGCUGGAAGCCCAUCAUGCUUAAGGCAUUUUCUUGUCAUGACUGAUUAUCCACUGCAAUUAUGCCAACGAAAGAUAAAGUUGUUAAAAUAGUGUCGGCGCUGUGUUUUAAAAUACACUGUCAAAGAGGGAAAAUGGUGAGUUUAAGUACUUCCAUCUCUUCCAAGUUCCUCUGGAGCCAGUAGUACCCCCAGGGGGCUCCUGGUGGCGCUGGAGAUGGGUGCCCAGGGUCAGGCCCUGGAAAAGGUUCUCCUCUACUCCCUGCUGACCACUGACAGUUUACCAACACUUGGCGUUUUUGGGUACUACCUACAUUGCUUAAGCAAGGAUAGGAAGUUUUUCAACCUUGGAAAAGAGAAAAUCCUUUAAGAAGGAUAAUCUUUUAAUGAAAUUAGUGCUCUUUCUGCUUUGGUCUUCCAUUCUCUUUUCUGAAGAGCCUCUAGUUUUUUUUUUGUUUGUUUGUUUGUUUUCUGUUUCAUAGCAUUAGUAUUUCCUAUGCACUUCCAUAAAUGCUCAGGGCUGGUAAACCAGAGAUGCCGACAUCAGUUUGAAUACUGGCAGGUCUGUAGUGGCUGAGCAACAUCAAUUUUUGAGUCAACUUUUGACAACAGCACUGGUAAGGUACCGCUUGCUUUUUGUUGUCUGGGUUUUAGGUCAAACCUUGAAAAUCUUGUGAAGAUUGCAGCUGAAUAAAAUUAUCUUGCUGAA